GGCGCAGAGCGAGAGAGAAAGGGCGAAAAAUUUAUCAGGCUGACUUGUUGUGAUUGCCUUUGUUUGCGGAUAUAUGACGGUUGCUGGUGGACACAAAGUGUUCCUGAUUUCGGUGGAUUUAAUCAUGCAUUUCCCAACAAAAACAGAUAUUUUGCGGGCUUAUUCUGUGGCCGUGCUGCUGAAUUAUUGCUGGGAAGCGGUGUCUGGACAGCUCUCGUACUCUGUAUCGGAGGAGGAAAAUAUUGGGACAUCUGUUGGAAAUAUUGCCAAAGAUCUAAAUCUCAAUGUACAGGAUUUAGAGUCUCGUAGGUUUCAGAUUGUUAGUGGACCACAGAAGAAGUAUUUCGAUGUGAAUUUAAAAACUGGUGCUCUUUAUGUCAGCGAAAGAAUCGACCGCGAGGAGCUUUGUGGUAGGGCUUCAAAAUGUACUGUCAAUGUAGAGGCGGUGAUCAACGUCCCGCUGAAGCUUUAUCGCUUAGAGAUAAAUAUAAAAGAUAUAAACGACAACGCACCCGUUUUCUCUGAGAAGCUGCAGUCGCUUGAUGUUUCAGAAAAUACUUUACCGGGAGUCAAAUUUGGACUGAUAGAGGCAUCAGAUUUGGAUGUCGGUAAAAACGGUGUUAAUACAUAUAAACUUAGUAAUAACGAUUAUUUUACAUUAGAUAUUCAUAAAGGAGAAGACAGCGUGUCUGCUGAGUUAGUGCUGCAGAAAUCGUUAGACAGAGAGCAGGAUUCUGUUAUAAAACUCACGCUGACUGCAGUAGACGGAGGAAACCCACCCAAGUCAGGGACAUCGCUUAUUAUCAUUUCCGUGAUGGAUACUAAUGACAACCAUCCCGUGUUCAGUAAGUCUUUGUACAAAAUUAAAAUUCCUGAAAACUUGUCCAGUGGGUCGACAGUGAUUACGCUGAAUGCAACAGACACAGAUGAGGGUUCAAACAGUGAAAUUGAAUACUCUUUGAGAAAAAAAGGCCAAGAUCAUAUUUUAGAUUUAUUUGAAAUUAAUUCAAAAACGGGACUGAUUUCAGUUAAGGGUAAAGUCGAUUAUGAAGAAAAUCGUGCAUUUGAGAUCCAUGCGGAGGCCACUGACAAAGGCCAGCCUCCGAUGUCUGCUCAUUGUAAAGUGUUGGUAGAAGUGCUGGAUCUAAAUGACAACGCUCCUGAGAUCACGGUAACGUCACUACUAAAUACAGUAAAAGAGGAUGCGGAAGUAGGUACAGCUAUUGCACUUGUCUCGGUUUUGGAUAAAGAUGGUGGGAAUAACGGGGCAGUGAAAGCUGUGAUUGUAAAUAAAACUCCAUUUAAACUGGACACAAACUAUAGAAAUUAUUACUCUUUAGUGGUUACUGGUCCGCUUGACAGAGAAAUUACAGACGAGUACAAUGUUACUAUAAUAGCAACUGAUGAAGGAGCUCCUCCUCUCUCCAGCACCAGCAUAAUUAGUGUUCAUGUUUCUGAUGUCAAUGACAACUCGCCUCGCUUCUCUGAUCCGAUACUUAAUAUUUAUGUUAAAGAGAACAGUCCAGUAGGAGCAGUCAUUAAAACUCUGACUAUUCGCAUUAUCACGCAAUCGCCGCUCUCCGUGGUGCUCAAUGUAUGA